GUUAAUUCUCCCAUGCAGAUAUCAAUUGAUUUAAACGUUUGACUACCCGAAGACAUCAUGCCGGCUCUCAACUCCUUCUACAUCACAUUCGAGAAGAACAUGGACGUGUAUCAAGCUGGACAAGUCGUCAGGGGGCAGGUAGAGGUGGAACUGAAUGAAGAUAUGAAGAUGGGAGGGAUAAAACUCUUGAUGAAAGGAUCUGCCCAAUGCCGCUGGGUUGUUUCUACCGGGAAAACAACGGUUGUGUACACCGGCAGGGAAGUGUACUUCGAGAAAACGGUGACGCUUUGGGGCCCGGGCCCAGGCGAGGCGACGUUCGGAAACACCCCUGUACUGCCGGCGGGCAAACACACCUAUCCCUUCGAGUACCAACUCCCCAGUGCAGGCCUGCCCACUUCCUUUGAGAGUCGUUACGGGUACGUGCGCUACUUCGCCGAAGCUAUCAUAGACAGACCAUGGAAGUUUGACAAGAAAACCAAGAGGGCCUUCACUGUGCUGGACAUGUAUGAUCUCAACGAGGACCCUAACGCAAUGACCCCGUCGGCUGCUCAAGACUCGAAAAAGCUUGGAUUCUGGCAUUUUGCUUCCGAUCCGAUCGAAGUGCAGGUCCAAACGGACCGAGGAGCGUAUUGUCCGGGAGAGACUGUCAGGCUCAGCGGGACUCUAAAGAAUGGCAGCGGAAUCGAAAUCAAAGAGACAACUGUUCAACUCAGACAGAAGGCGACAUGCUUUGCUACCUCUUCACACAAAGAGAUUUGCGGGCAGAAAACUCUGAGCGAAAUAAAGGCAUUGGGCUGCAAAGCGAAGGACGCUACUGACCUGAGCAGUAUAGCUCUUCCGAUCCCUGCCAUCCCUCCCUCCUCUGAACGAUACUGCAACAUCAUUGACGUUGAGUACAAGAUCAAGUUCAUCGUAAACAUCCCGGGACUGCACACGAACCUCGAUGUCGAGAUGCCGAUCACCAUUGGCUCCAUCCCCCUGAAGAGUUAUUACCCACAAGCCCCUUCUUUCCCCCUACAUCCGGUAGAACAACCGCCACCUUCCAAUGAGUCUUUGUACCCAAACCUCGGUUUCGCACAGUGGACGUACCCGGCAACUACUGACCCCAGUGCACCACCUCCGCCUUACUUUGCGGUGUCGACGGAAGGACCUGUAGCACUCGCCGAAGACAAGGAGGACAAAUACACCAUGGGCCCGACGGAGUACGCUCCCAAGUACGCCUACUACGACUGGAGCAAGCACGCUUAGGCUUAGAUCCAAUUGGAAAAAGGGGCCCUGUUGGGCAGCUCACGGGCUGUUUGGGGACACUUUCGGGCACUUUUCGAACACCUUACGGCACCCGGGAUAUAUUUGAGCAUGGCCGGGACCCGGGUUUAUUUUAAGUCGGACUGAUUAUCUGCAAUGAUACACUCAUGUUUAUAGUCCACCAAUGUCAUCAAUUUGUUUAAGUUAUUCUGUUAAUUUCUUUGUCAGUUACACCCACUUGGUUAUUUAAUCUAUAUCAUUUAGUUGUUGCAUUGUUGCAGCGAUUUGACGUUUUGUUAUUUAUGUUAUAACUUACUGAUGACCUAUGACCCCUCCUCAUUAUAUCAAGUUCACUGAGUUGAUUUUUAUUUUGACACUGCAGUUUGCUUUCAAUACUUGUUAUUUUAUGCUUCUACAUUUAUGUUGACUCAUGUUUUUGAUUGUGUUGUAACCUGUUUUGUAAACUGUAAAAAUGGACUCCAGGAAGCUAAGAAUAGAGUUUACGACAAAAUUGUUAAGUCUAAUGGAGAUCCCAAUAAACAGACAAACA